AUGACCAGUGCUCUUUUUCAGAACAUUGAUCAUUAUCUUUUUCGUUCUCUUUUUUCUAGUUUGUAUCCUUCUCCACCCUCACAAUCUGGCCUUUCCCAAGAAAUGAUUCAUGUUUUUCAGAAGCACUUAACCCAUUUCCCAUCUUCUUCAUUCAGCUGGUUUUCGUGUCAGCUGCUCAUGAACUUUCUUUUUGCCGCUUUUUGCUGCUUUUUCUUUCUUUUUUCCACAUCAUCAUCAUUAAAGAUAACAGCUAUACGAAAUACGAUUUUCAGCAAUAGUUCUUCUCUUCAACCUAUCAUAGUCAAGUUCACAAAAUAA